ACCGUGAGGAAAUGUCAAACGGAUGCUGAACGUUUUUCCUCGCACAAAAACUGCAAGAAGUAUCAGCUAAAAAAUGGACAAUUUAAUGGACUUGGAUUUGUACGAAUUGAUUGGAUCUGUUUCGACAGCUACGAUAAAAGAUAUAAAAACAGCGUACCGGAAAAAAGCACUUUCUUGCCAUCCAGAUAAAAAUCCUAAUAAUCCUAAAGCCGCAGAGUUAUUCCAUCAACUUUCAAGAGCUUUAGAAAUAUUGACAGAUGAAUCCGCCAGAGCAGCAUAUGACAAGGUAAUAAAUGCAAAACUUCAAGCUAAACUUCGCAGCAAACAAUUAGAUUCAAAGCGAAAAAAAUUGAAGGAAGAUUUGGAAGCACGGGAAGAGGCUUACAGAAAAUCUCAGAUACAAGGAGGAGACACUAAAACCGAUGAGCAAAGGCUUCAGGCUGAAAUCGAACGACUGCGCACUGAAGGUUCCAAGCAAGUCGAGGAAGAAGUAGCUUUUGUUCGUCAGCAGGUCUUGGAAGAAUUGCGCAAAAUGAGAGGAACAACCGGUGAAUCUCAGUCCAGUAAUCUCAAUGAACGGCGAGUUAAGAUCAAAUGGAAAGCAGCUAAAGAUGAUCCACUCAAUGGUGGCUAUGACUAUAGUACCUUACAUCAGAUCUUGUCAAAGCACGGAGAUAUCAACAUAUUGGUCGUUUCUUCAAAUAAAAAAGGGCGAGCACUGGUUGAGUAUGCCAGAACCGAUGCUGCAGAAAUGGCAAUACAGAUAGAAAAAGGACUUGUGAGUAAUCCCAUAACCUUGGAAUGGGUAUGUAAGCCUCAGAUGAAAAUGGCAUGUGAUACGUCAAAUGUAACCGGGUCUCUGCCACAGAGUCGAACGUCGCUGUUUCCAUCUCAGGAUACUUCUACAAGUAAACCAAGCAUGAAAUUUCCCAGCUACUCUUCAGCCCCCAACAUAUUCAAUGUACAGAAUAAAAUAUCUGACUUGGAGUUCGAAAGUUCGGUGCUAAGCAACCUACGACGAGCUGAAGAACGUAAACGACUUAUAGAAAAAUUGUCUCAGGAGGAUGUUUAGAUCACUGAAACAUUGUUUUUAUGCAAGAAACAUGAGUACCAAAGACAAAGGUGGGAAACAAAAACUUAUAGAGUACACAAUUUUUUAUUCAGAUCACAAAUUCAAUCUUACACUUUGCCAAUUACUCAUUAAUACCUACUUUCUACCAAAAGUAAAAAGUUAAGUGCAAAAUAAAAUUACACCAGCUGAUAGUCCUAUCGACUAGUUAUUA